UUCAAACCCUCUCUUCAUCCCAAUUCAACUUUUCUCCCAAAUAAACACCUUCUUCCCCCCCUUCCAUCAAACCCAUUUCACACUCUUAAAAAAAUCCCCUAUUUUUCGUCAAACCCAUUUCACAAUCUUGAAAAAAACAUCAAAUUUCAUCAAACCCAUCUCAUAAUCUUGAAAAAAAAAAUCUAAAAUUUCUUCAAACCCAUUUCACAUUCUUAAAAAAAAACUAAAUUUCAUCGCUCCCAUUUCACAAUCUUGAAAAAAAAAAAAACCAAAAUUUCAUCAAACCCAUUUUUUUAAAGGCGAACUUCAUUAACCUCAAACCGAGGCGCACAAACACCCUUGAAAAACAUCCCAAAUUUCAUCAAACCCAUCUCUCACAAAAAAAAAAUCUCAAAUUCCAUCAAACCCAUCUCUCACAAUCUUGAAAAAAAUCCCAAAUUUCAUCAAAAUCUUGAAAAAGACCUUAACUUUCUACAAUUCCGACCUCACUUGUGUCACUCCCAUCAACUUCCCACUGCAAAAAGCUUCAAUCUUUCUUCAGUUAAUGUGACAACAAAAUGCGAACAGAUUAUCACGGCUCAUCAUCUCCAAACUUCACAAAUUUCGGGCGUUCAAUUCUGAGCAUGAAGCGUGAUCCAGUUGUCCACUCAAUCGACCCAGAAACCCCUAAUCAAUCAACCGAAGUGGACGCUUUUCAACGGCAGGUAACUCAAAGAUUUCAUGAUCUAUCUGCGGUUGAUUCACAUGAACUGUUAUCUGUUAGUUGGAUAUCAAAGUUGCUAGAUGUUUUCCUAUGUUGUCAAGAGGAGUUUAAAGCUAUAUUGUUUAAUAACAAGUCUGCCAAACAACCGUUGGAUAAAUUAGUUUCUGAUUAUUAUGAAAGGAGUGUGAAAGGUUUGGAUGUUUGUAAUGCCAUUAGAGAUGGGAUUGAGCAGAUUAGACAAUGGCAAAAGCAGUUGGAGAUUGUGUUGUGUGCUUUGGAUUAUAAGAAGAGUCUUGGAGAGGGUCAAAUUCGACGAGCGAAAAAGGGUUUGAUCGAUCUAGCGAUUGGGAUGCUAGAUGAGAAAGAUACGUCAACCGCGAAUAUUGCCCAUAGGAACAGGUCGUUUGGGCGGUAUCAGAAGGAUUCGCAGAGAGUUAACUCUUUGAAGAAUUUUAGAUCCUUGUCUUGGAGUGUUUCGAGGUCCUGGUCGGCCUCGAAACAGCUCCAAGCAAUUGGGAAUAACUUUUUCCCGCCAAAAGCGAAUGAAAUCGCGGCUACUAACGGGCUUGCAUUGGUUGUUUACACGAUGAGUUGUGUGUUCUUGUUUGUGAUGUGGGCUUUGGUGGCUGCGAUCCCUUGUCAGGAUCGCGGGUUGCAAUCUCAUUUCAAUAUCCCUAAAACGUUCGUGUGGGGAGCGCCGAUUUUGUCUCUGCACGAGCGGGUUUUGGAUGAGGCGAAGAAGAGGGAAAGGAGGAACAGUUGUGGGCUGUUAAAGGAGAUUUUCGCGAUUGAAAAAGCUGCAAACUUUAUGAAUGAAUUGAUUGAUUCGAUUCAGUUUCCGAUUGGGGUAGACAAGGAAGAAGAAGUUAGGAAACGAGCAAAUGAAUUGAGGGUUGUUCAUGGAAGUUUAAAGAUUGGUUUGGAUCCGUUGGAGAAACAAGUUCGAGAAGUGUUUCAUCGGAUCGUGAAGAGUCGAACCGAAGGACUUGAUUUGAUUGCAAGAGGACAUGAAUGAUCAGUGGUUUGAGGGUUUCAAUCCAUUUGUAUUUUGUUUUUGUUGCAAGAAUGCAUGAUCUUGAAAGAAUUGUGCGGAUGUAAAUGUUAAUGCCACUAUAUAUUAGGCACAUUUUUCUGGCAAUUUUAUACAAAUGAUGAAUUGUGCUUGAAAA